AUGCCCACCACCACCAUGCGGGCCUGGACAUACAUGCAAUCAGGCCUCCCAUCGCAAACAAUUGUCCUAGAUGAUGAGGCCUCCGCGCCCUCAGCGGCCGACCUCGGGCCCGACGAGCUCCUCAUCGCGGUCAACUACGUGGCCAUGAACUCGGGGUUCACGACCAUGAUGCGCUCCCUCCCGCCGCAGCCAUACUCCCUGCCGCACAUCUAUAACCGCCAGAAGCGCUUAGGAGUCCCGGAGUUUGAAUUCUCGGGGCGCAUUCUAGCCGUCGGCUCGGCCAUCCCCUCUACUCGACCAGACCUCCAACCCUCAACUCUCGUCCUGGGCUGCUGUGCUGCUAAACGGGUCUUCGUCGAAGGUAAAGGGGCGCUGGCGGAACAAGUCAUUGCGCCUGCCGCCCAGCUGAUCCCCUUGCUGUCCCCUUAUACUGUCACCACCCAAGAUGAAACCUCAGGACCGGAGCCAGCAGCACCCAUUUCCCUUCUCGAAGCCUCCGGCCUCAGCGCCUGCGGCUGCACCGCCGUGCAGGUCCUAGACCUGACCAAGCUGAUCGCGGGGGACAAGGUUUUCGUGAACGGUGGCAGCACCAGCGUGGGUAUGCUGAUCAUCCAAGUCGCGCGUCAUGUAUUAGGGCGAACCGGCACGAUCGUCGCGUCAGGCACCGACGCUUCCCUGAUCCGGUCCAUCGGCGCUGACGAGGUCGUCGACUACACGGUCCAGCACCCCCUCCACGAGUAUCUGCGCACGCAUCACGCCGACCGGCCCUUUGGCGCGAUCAUCGACUGCGUGGGCGUAACGGAGCUUUACACGCACUGCGAGCCGUAUCUUGCAUUUGGCAAACCGUUCAUUAAUUUAGGCGCCAUGACGGCCAAGCCCACGUUCUGGGGCUUGUUGUCAUUUGUCUGGAAUCAGCAUAUGGUGCCCCUGUGGCCGGUAUUGCUCGGUGGCGUGCCGAGAGGUUAUCAGUUCUAUAGUGCACGGCCGAAUCGGGAGACACUGGGGAGGGUGAUGCGGUUGGUGGAGAGCGGAGAAUUGAAGAUGGUGGUGGAUUCAGUGUGGGACAUGAGGGAUGCGAGAAAGGCCUAUGAGCGGAUGGAGAGUAAGAGGGCUAAGGGGAAGGUUAUUGUUCGGGUACAGGAGUGA